AUGAAGUAUCUCGCGAUGGUCUCCCUCCUCGCCUGCGCUGUCAGGGCCGCCCCAUCUGCAGAGGGCACCGUAGGCCAGGCUAUCCUUGACAAAGCUCUGACCGCGGAAGGGACUCCCUACGCCUGGGGCGGCGGCUCUUGCGACGGUCCCAGCGAUGACCAACCCCCAUAUGACUACGGCGACGUGGGAUACGACUGUUCCGGCCUUGUCUGCUGGGCAGUGUGCCAGGUAACCGGCCGUGACCUCUUCACGGAGGGCCUCCGCGUCACGUCCUCCAUGUACUGCGCCAGCGAGGAGACACUUGGGUACAACGAUUCUGACGAUCGGAUGUGGAAUGCGCCUAACGACCGGGUCAACAAAGUACAGGAGAACAGCAUUUCUGGGUUCGGGGAGACUCCUUGCCCCUAUGUGAUCCGCUUCACGUAG